AUGGAAAACAUCACCUACAACAGCUUCAUUCUGCAGGUAGAGGGCUUCAAGGUCACAAAGGAGUCGACAGAAUAUGCCUUUUUCCUGUUCUUCUUCUCCUACAUCGUCAUCAUGAUCCUGAACCUGGGCAUCUUGGCCAUCAUUUUCAUUGACAAGAGCCUCCAUCAGCCCAUGUACCUGCUGUUCUGUAACCUGCCAGUCAGUGAUAUUGUUGGGUGCACUCACAUUUUGCCCCGGCUGCUCUCAGACAUGUUGGUGUCCCCGUCUGAGCGCCUCAUCAGUUACUACGAGUGUGUGGUUCAGGCCUUCACCUCUCACAUGUUCGGCACCACCUCCCACACCGUGCUCAUGGUCAUGGCCUUCGACAGGUACGUGGCCAUCUGUAAUCCUCUGAGGUACGCCGACAUCAUGAGCCACAGGAUGAUCAUCAAGUUGACAGCCUUUGCGUGGGGCGUCCCUUUCAUCUGGGUGGCGGUUCUGCUCGGUCUGACGAUCCGACUGAACCGAUGCAGGACUCUGAUCGAGAACCCGUACUGUGACAACGCCUCGCUAUUUAAGCUGUCCUGUGAGAGCUCCGCCAUCAACAACAUCUACGGCCUGGCCUUCACCGUGGUCCUCCUGACCUCCUCCAUCGGCAGCAUGGUCCUGACCUACGGUAAGAUCACGGCGGUCUGUCUUACCAGCAAGAGCAAGAGCUUGAACAACAAGGCCCUGCAGACCUGCAGCACGCACUUAGUGGUGUAUCUGAUCAUGUCGUUCAGUGGCGUUUCCAUCGUUGUUCUGCACCGUUUCCCACAGUACUCGGACUACAGGAAACUCAGUGCCAUCCUCUUCGUGAUGUUACCCCCCAGCUUCAACCCCAUCAUCUAUGGGGUGCAGUCCAGAGAGAUCCAGAAGUUCCUUUAUGAGAGAUGCUGCUCCAGAAAAAAGUUAAAGAAUCCUUUCUGA